ACGUAUUUAGAAUAUAGUGAUUAUGGUAGAGAUUUAAUAAAAUCAUCAUUAUCUCAGCCUUUUAAUUUGAUACUUCUAAAUAAUACGAGUACUUCUAUAGAUUUAGAUGAUGAUGUAUCAGCUUCACGUCCUGAAUCUAGGAAUUUAAAGAUAUUAAUUUCUAAAAGCGAAAUCCAUAGAAAUAUAAAUGAACUUGAUAAUGCAUCAGCUCCUUUGCAUUCGGGAUCAAUAGAUUUUAAUACGUAG